AUGUCGCCCUGUCUCACCUUCAUCGACUUGUUGCAAUGGAACGACAUGGGAGUGAAGGUUGAUGGUCGGCAGCUACACCAUUUGCGCUUUGCUGAUGACAUCGUACUGAUAGCACUUAGCAUCAGCCAAGCGGAUCGAAUGCUGACCGAAUUCGACGAAGCAUGUGGAUGCAUCGGUCUUCAGCUCAAUCUCCAAAAGAGGAUGUUUGUGCGCAAUGGAUGGGUCUCGGAUGUCCCAUUCACGCUCAACGGAACGAACAUUUCCGAAUGCACCAGGUACAUUUAUUUGGGUCGGGAGCUGAACAUGAUGAACGACCUGACCCCCGAGCUGGGCAGGAGGAGGCGAGCGAUUUGGGGAGCGUAUAACAGCACCGAGGAUGUAGUGAAGAAGACCAAGAGCACCAGGAUCCGUACUUACCUCUUCAACACUCCACUCCAACUCAACUCCAACUCAACUUCAACACUCCAACUCAACUCUUCUCCAUACUUCCUGCUUUGA